UGCUCAGUCGCGAGCGAGCAGCAGUGUGUGAAUGUGGCAGCGAGGUGAACAGGGAGGGGUGCUCACACUCCGACUCCUUUCUUUUCACAUUUUUUUAAUCCACGUACUCCACCGUUACUUCCCGGUUUAUGUGCCGGCUCGGCGGUGAAGUUCUCCGCGGGGGCAGAAACCUCGUCCGCCGCUGUUUUUUUUGUUUCCUCCUGGAGUAACCGCUGCCGCUGACCGAGGAAACAGCCCCGAAGAAAAGAAGGAGAAACAACAUGGGGCGAUGAUAAAAGAAGAGGAAGGUGUUGCGUUGUGAACCGACGAUGACUCCCUGGGGGGACCCGUGAAGCCUAUUUAUUUUUAUUUAUUCCCCCCCCUGUCUUCCCUCUGCCCCCUUUUCUUUUUUUCUUCUUGUUUUAUUUGAACGUGUUCUCCUCCCGUGUUUCUCUGUGGAGAGCUAUUAGCUUAUUUAUUUUUUUGUCGGGGAGGAGAAGGCGAACCAGGACUGGAGGAUGGAGCAAGCCGGCAUCCUGAGAAAGUUUAUCCAGGGGGUGAAGGCCAUGAGCGAGGGGGACGAGGACAGGGGAGAGGACAACUUCGGCAACGACUUCAUGCGGUUACGGCGGUUAUCCACCAAAUACCGGACGGAGAAGAUCUACCCCACCAAUGUAGGAGAGAGGGAAGAGAAUGUAAAGAAGAACAGAUACAAGGAUAUACUGCCAUUUGAUCACACUAGAGUGAAGGUGAUGCUAAAAACAUCCAAUCAGGACACAGAUUACAUCAAUGCUAACUUCAUCAAGGGUAUGGAUGGCCCAGAGGCCUAUAUCGCAACUCAGGGCCCACUGCAGAACACUGUCAUCGACUUCUGGAGGAUGAACUGGGAAUACAAUGUCGCUGUUAUUGUAAUGGCUUGUCGAGAGUUUGAGAUGGGAAGGAAAAAGUGCGAGCGGUAUUUCCCGCUGCUGGACGAGGAGCCCAUGAGUUUUGGUCCUUUCAGAAUCUCCUGUGAAUCAGAACAAGCCAGAACAGACUACUUCAUCAGGACGUUGACGGUAGAGCAUGAAAAUGAAACUCGGAGGUUAACUCAGUUCCAUUACAUGAACUGGCCGGAUCACGACGUCCCCUCAUCGUUUGACUCCAUACUGGAUAUGAUCGGACUAAUGAGAGAAUACCAAGAGAACGAUGAUGUCCCUAUAUGUAUUCACUGCAGUGCAGGCUGUGGGAGGACGGGUGCAAUCUGUGCUAUCGACUACACAUGGAACCUCCUCAAAGCUGGGAAAAUACCAGAAGAUUUUAAUGUUUUUCGGUUGAUCCAAGAAAUGAGGACGCAGCGGCACUCUGCAGUUCAAACCAAGGAGCAGUACGAGUUAGUUCACAGAGCGAUCUCUCAGCUCUUUCAGAAACAAGUGCUGCUACUGGAGGGUUCCACCAGCACGCAGAUACACGAUGGCAUGGAUGAGAGCAGUCCAGACAAGGUGAGCCAGCAGUCAGACGAGGAGAGAUGGGACACGCCACCUCCCAAACCACCCCGCAUACGCAGUUCCCAGGCAGAAGGCGACGUGAAGGAGGAGAUUCUCCAGCCCCCGGAGCCUCACCCCGUACCCCCCAUCCUGACCCCCUCUCCCCCCUCAGCCUUCCCCACCGUCACCAACGUACGGCAGGACAACGACCGCUACCACCCCAAACCUCUCAUACACGUCCUGGCUACCACAAAGCAAAAUGCGACACAGAACAAAGGCGUGGACCAGCAGCAGAACCAGUCCGAGGCCAGUCCAAACAAACAGACCAGUCCCUCUGACCAGAAAGACCAAGAUCUACAAAGUAAAAAACAGCAAACCCAGGUCUCAAAUCUGGAUCUCAACGACAACUACAACAACAAAUUGUCUUCAGCAUCAACAAAAUCCGAUUCGGGCCAAAGCCAGACUCCCUCCUCCCCGCUCUCCCCUGCUGUUGAAUGUGCCGGUGCUCCUCGAAUCGAGAGGAAACUCAGCAUCGAGAUUAAAAAGGUGCCGUUGCAGGAAGGACCUCGCAGCUUUGACACUUCCUCCUCGAUGGGAGUAGCAGGCAGCGGCUCAACCAACAGCGCGAGCAUGCUGCAAAGAGGCCACGCCUUCAAAGCCCGCUCUGGCCAAUCCCUGCUGACGUCGAGCUCCUCGCUGUCGGAAGACUCGGGCGCGGAGGGAUGCGCAGGCGGGGAGAGUCACGCCGACGGGGGCAUCCUCGUCAGACCGAACCACCUUCCCGUGAAGAGCGGAGAGAAGGGGGAGGUCCCGGGAGGGGAGAGGGUGGAGUUGAAGGCGGGCCACACGCCGUGGUCUCAGGCCUGCAGCAGCCCGGAAAAACAGUUCCCAAAGACGUCCUCCUCUUCCUCCUCCUCAGACCGAGUCGCUCCCUCUUCCUCCUCCUCCUCCCACCUCUCCUCCUCCUCCUCUUCCUCCUCAUCCACUCCCGUUAGGACUGCCCUGAGUUUCACCAACCCCCUGCACUCCGAUAACUCGGACGAGGAGGGGGAUGGAGAGAUGUCUGGAGGAAAGGAGGGCUACCGCACUAAUGUAUCCAUGGCGACGGCCACGGUAACUACAUCCCAUCACCACGGAGACCAGCCGCCAGUCAGGAAGGUGCUGCCAAUGUCGAUCGCAGGGCACAGCUCCCCAUCACCCCCUGCAACCACAGCAAACUGCUGGGACAGCGACGACUCCCCUCCCCCCCUCCCUGCGAGAACCCCCGAGUCCUUCAUACUGGCCACAGACCCUCUGGAUGUGAGGACGUCGGCCUCGGCUGAAUGGAGGGGCUCACCCACAGACGUGUCAGACCGCGUUAAGAAGACAUCUCCGGCUGACCCUGCAUCUGCCACAGCCACAGACAGCAAGGCAGACUUGGGUGGGGUUCGGUAACCGCUGCAUCCAGCCCAAAGGCCCUCGAGAACCCCCCCUGGAGUGGACAUGAUGGCCGUCUGCCCGUCCUCCCAACAGCGUCCUCGCCUGUCAGGAGACGGACUCUGCUGAUCACACCUGGCUGGUCCAAAAAAAGUUGAUAGAUGCUACCCAGACAGACAGACAGACAGCACAGUGUUACAUAGAAGCGCCUUCUGUGUGACUCUGUGCCAACAGCUUGUCGAGACUGAGCGCCUCCUCCUCCUCCCCUCCUCCUCCUCCUCCUCAGUCCUUUCCUCAAAGUGCCACUGUGCAGAGCAGAAGAACACUCACUGUUUAAGUGGCUUGUCCAUUUUAGAACAAAGUCCACAUUUUCCUGCUCAGCUUGCUGAUGCUAGAGGUUUUGACUUCUCGACACGCUGACCUGGGAUCAGUCUGGUUAUUUCCCUGUUAAUGGUUAAAGCAUAAUUCCUGUUUUUUAUUUUAUUUUGAUGACUUGAGAGUAGAUUAAGAAAUGGUCUUGUUUUUUCUCUCUGAGCUGUUGACACAUCAUGAAGAUUUGUCCAUUCUUAAGAUUAAUGAAGAGGAGUGUAGGCGUAACCCUGACGUGUUAAAAUGAAAAGUGUUCCCCUCAAAUUAUGAGGAAAAAUACUUUGUUUUCAUACCAAAUGAGAAAAGUAACAGUUCUUGUCCUCAAUCAGGAAUUAUCUUUAAUCACAAAAGCUACUGUGGGAAGCUGAUGCCUGAGGUGUGACUGGACUCCCAGGUGUCUGCUUCCUCCUACUGAAUGAACAACAAUCUUCAAAGCGACCCAAGAUAAUCUGUAACCCAUGAUGCAACCUUUUCUGUUGGGUAUUUACAGGUUGCCAGGGUGCUCUCUCUCUCUCUCUCUUUCUCUUUCUCUAUAUCUCCCCCUCUUUCUGUGUGCUGGUGCUACAUUAUACAGGAUCAUCAUAGAAACGUAAAGAUUAGAGCUGUCCUGCGUUAGCUGCAGUAGCUUCGGCUCUAGUCUCUCACAUUUCUAUGCUGUUUACCAGAGUAAUGAGGCUGACGUGGUUUGGUCAUUGAAGUCGACUGUUGAGCUUAUUGGCUCUGGAAUCCUGCUUUGUGGCUGUUGAAUGACUUGUUGAGCAUUUUGGGAAGUUUGGAGUCAGAUGAAGACAUUACAGCUGUAAUCAGAUUAUUUUCCACCUGUUGUAUCACCUCUACACCCCUGAGAUUGAUCCAGUGAUAUCGUAGCUGAAGCACUGGCUUAAGAAUUUGUGCCCAGAAAAUCUGACGGCCCUGUUUCCAGUCGCAGCCGGGUAAUCAUUAUGUUAUGAAUGACCAAACACCUCGUCAGCCCCGUGACUCUGGCUCUCACUGCUGGGACCAUGAGCCUGCCUUACCCCUCCCUCCCCUCCCCUCCCAGAGAAGACAGUCCUUCCUAAUUUGGCUUUUCUAUUAAGGUCAUUUCUCUCUAUGUUGUUGUUUGGGCAUCUCCUGGUCUUAACUUGGGACUCAUAUUUGCUGUUUUAAGUUUCUGUCUGCGCUUUUCUGUUCUCAUUCUCGUCGUCCCGCCGGCGCGGCCCUCAGAUGAGCGACCAUGCACGUUUCCGCUUCAGCAGCCGGUUUACUCACAGUUGACCUCAGUGUUUGGAGCUGUGAAUGUCACACAUCAUGUGAAACUCUUAAUCAAAAUGCAACCUGUUUGGUUUCUCAUCUGAUGGCCAAGUCGUUCUUCACCUGCUUCUGCAUUCGUGAGACAAUGAUCCAAUCAGACCUAAGCAGCAAGGGACCCAGGACUACUGUUUUCUCCAGAUUUGAAUUGAACUCUGCUAACUUCUCCUCCAUUAGCUACCGUAACUAUACAGUAUAUGCAUUUUUUAUAAAGAUAAAGAACUGUACAGGGCAGUUUAGGUAUAUAAUAUUUCAGAUUUUUGUUUUUGCUUAAAUAUUAUUAACAGAAGAUGUAAGAAAGUCAGUGCAUGAUGAUGAUGAUGAUGAUGAUGAUGAUUCCUCCCUUCUACACGAUGUUUCCCUUCAAACUGUAAAUUAUUCUGCUGCCCUUUGGUUUUUCUCCUCUGUCAUAUGUUUCAGGGUUGUUUUAUUUUUUACUUUUAUGUUCUAAUUAUAUUCUUAAAAAGAUUGAUUUUUUUUUUUUUGUUUAAAUCGGUUGGCAGGUGAAAAGCAUAGACUGCCAGCUGGUCACAUUCAAAUAGCAACAACGGGCUCCUAAUAAGAUUGUAAUAAUAAUAUUAAUGAUGGCAAUGAUAAUAAUAAUAAUAAUGGUCGUUUUUUUUUGUAAAUGGUAUUUUAAAGUUAUUUUUGUAUACGCGGUUGUUUGUUGCAUCACAAGUUCACUGCUCCUCAUCCAAACCCCCGCUUCUCUCAUCAAAUAAUCUCUCUGCCUCUCCCUCUUUUUCCUCUUCACACGUUUUCAGUCGCUCAUAGAUCCUCUUGUUCUUCCCUCCCCAAUUUCUCUUUCAUCUUCCUCCUCUUCCAUCCUCAUUCAUGCCUUUUUUACUUUUUGAAAGGCUGCCGUCUUCAACACAUCUGCUCACUUUGGUAAUGCAUCUCUUAACUUGUCGGCGGUUCAAAAACAAAAUACGCCCUUUGCUCGGUAACAUGAGAGGAGGUUUUCUUUUUCACUUUAUCCAUCUAUUCCUCAGCUUCCUUUUCUUUCCGUUUAACCAUGUCUCUCUCCCCACGUCAGCCGCACACUCGCCUCGAUCUCAGAAAAAGAGCCCACCUGUGCCUUUAAGAGAGAGCUCGCCCCUCCCCUCAUCCCCUCUCCUCCAAUCAUCGUUAGUGGCGUGAGCGUGACUGAUAUGAUUCGCUGCUGCUGCUUGCUCAUUGCCUCCUGUGGGACUCUCAUUCAGCCACGCCCCUUGUCCUCUUCCUGUCACACACACACACACUUACUCCCAAAAUGUUUGUAUGUUGCAGAAAUCAAUCAGUAAAAAUGAACGUCAAGUAAU